AAGGGGCUUCCGGCCGCUGUGCUGCGUAAGCGGGGCUCACCAUGGCGGCCUCCUUGGUCGGAAAGAAGAUCGUGUUUGUCACGGGGAAUGCCAAGAAGCUGGAGGAGGUCAUUCAGAUUCUAGGAGACAAGUUUCCAUGCACUUUGGUGGCACAGAAGAUUGACCUGCCGGAGUACCAGGGAGAGCCGGAUGAGAUUUCCAUACAGAAGUGUCAGGAGGCGGCCCGCCAGGUACAGGGGCCUGUACUGGUGGAGGACACCUGUCUGUGCUUCAAUGCCCUCGGGGGGCUGCCUGGCCCCUACAUAAAGUGGUUUCUGCAGAAAUUAAAGCCUGAAGGUCUCCACCAGCUCCUGGCCGGGUUCGAGGACAAGUCAGCCUAUGCGCUUUGCACGUUCGCGCUCAGCACCGGGGACCCCAGCGAGCCUGUGCGCCUCUUCCGGGGCCGGACCUUGGGCCAGAUCGUGGUGCCCCGAGGCUGCCGGGACUUUGGCUGGGACCCCUGCUUUCAGCCUGAUGGAUACGAGCAGACGUACGCAGAGAUGCCCAAGGCUGAGAAGAACGCCAUCUCCCACCGCUUCCGGGCCCUGCUUGAGCUACAGGAGUUUUUUGGCAGCUUGAUUCCUCCUGGGGCUGGAGGAGGCCAUAUGGGCCUGGGAUCUGGGGAGGGCUAACCCAAAACCUCUCCCAUCAGGCAGGCAGACACCCCUCCAAGUCCUUCCUUCAGGGUUACCCCUUCAUGGGGGUUUUGAGGCCUCCUCACCAGCCCUGCCUGCAGGAGCAGCUGGCUCUGCUUAAGAGAAACUUGGAGCAAGGUGACACCAUUCUCAUGCCCUUGGUGAUUCAGUGAUUUCUUCUACAGCCUCCAGGCCUGGGAUCCGGAAAGUACCUUGGGUUUUAAAGCUGGCCUUGGCAGGACUGAGGGUUUGGGGAAGAACCACUCAAACAACUUUUUAUGUUUUUUAAAAGCUGCAAAUAAAAAUUCUGGAAGGCAAUUGUUUCCAAAGUAAACCAGA